GGUGAUUCGCAUGCACAGAAAAGGUUGAGAAGCCGCGGAACUUGUAGAGGCUUCUGGGAAAAAAAGCUAAGCGCCCUCCUGAAAGUUGUGUUUUCGUCUCGGUCACUUUGGCGUUCUCAGUCUUCUGAGUGUUUCAUCCCAAAGGCUGAGGGAUUUGAAUGCAGUAAAACGAUGAAGUGCCCCAUAGGGAAACUUUUCCUCAGCCUUGGCUGUCGGGUUGUUUUUCUCGGAAUCCCCAGGAGUAGAAGUUCAGAGAACCACACCAGGAUAAGGCACUCACACUCACCAGGGCCCCAGACCACCCCCCACCGGACAUUGUUUACUAGUGGAGAAAUGAGUUUGUGUUUUCCAUGGUCCCAUGGAACACCUUCUCUCUCUGGUGGAGAUCCUGAGCUGCACGUGGACAGGGCGUGGGUAGCUGGAGAGACUCCUGGAUAUCUGUUUUAAGGUUUAAAAGGUACUGGAGGGCUGUUAAAUGUAUGAACAAAGGAAGAAAAAAUAUGCAGUAUGUUUUGAAAUGGAAUUGAAAACAAAAGAAAAGAACAAAGCAGAGCGUUCAUUGAGAUCAUCAUAUAAAAAGAAAAGAUGCCUGACAGGAUUAAAAUGCCAACACCUGACAUCAGAGGGACUCAUCAUCCAAGGAUCUACCAGAGACCACAGGAAAACAUGGGGAGAAUGAAAUAGACAUCUUGCCUCCUGAGAUUACUGCAUCACACAGAGUAUCACUGAAACUGUUGGGCAGGCUGGAUGGACAGCUCUUUGUGGACUCUGCCCUUUGCUGCAUGGAUCAGGUGUUUUUAUCACAAGAGAAAUUGCCUUAAUACGGGUUCAUGUCUGCAAUGGAUAGGGUUUUUCUCACUGGAGAAAAAGCCAAUUCAGUAUUAAAACGCUACCCAAGAGCGAAUGGACUCUUCGAAGAAAUAAGACAGGGCAACAUUGAGCGUGAAUGCAAAGAAGAAGUCUGUACAUUUGAAGAGGCAAGAGAAGCUUUUGAAAAUAAUGAAAAAACUAAGGAGUUUUGGAACACGUACACAAAAGCACAACAAGGAGAGAGUAACAGAGGAAGUGACUGGUUUCAGUUUUACCUUACCUUUCCAUUAAUCUUUGGCCUCUUCAUUAUCCUCCUUGUCAUUUUCCUGAUCUGGAGAUGCUUCCUAAGAAACAAGACUCGCCGACAGACAGUGACGGAAGGUCAUAUUCCUUUCCCUCAACACCUCAAUAUUAUCACUACACCUCCCCCACCAGAUGAAGUCUUUGAUAACAGCGGGUUGUCCCCAGGCUUCCUGGAAUACGUGGUUGGGCGCUCAGAUUCCGUCUCCACUCGCCUGUCCAACUGCGAUCCCCCACCAACCUACGAGGAAGCCACUGGGCAGAUGAACCUACGGAGGAGUGAAACAGAACCUCAUCUUGAUCCGCCUCCGGAGUAUGAAGACAUCAUCAACUCCAACUCAGCCAGUGCCAUUGCUAUGGUGCCUGUGGUCACCACUAUCAAAUGAAACUGCAAACUUCUUUCUACUAUAAUCGUUUUUAAAAUACUAAUGAGAGAACUUUCUAGCACUUUACCACUACAUACAUGUGCAUCUGACUUAUUGGACUCUGACAGCAUACCACUUCAUAUUCUCCAAUUUGAUUUUCAUUAGUUCUGUUUCCCACUCUAAACUCUUUAUCCAUGCUCAUUUUUGCUAAUGGAAAUAUGUGAAGAGGGAAAAAUACUAGUGGAGGUCUUCCUAGGAGCUGUACAUCGGUGUGUGCGUAUGUAUGUUUAUGUAUAUAUGUACCUGAACAUAUACGUGUGUGUACAUCAGCCCAGUAUAUGGGCACCUGUCUUAAAAAGUCAUUAACAUCUAUCUAAAUCACCUGUAAAGAGAACAUUACUCACCAAAAUUGGAGGUUGGGGGGAAGGCACCAACAAUUUGUGUAACAGCAACGUGCUGUUGAAUUUUGAAAAUAAGAUGAACUUAGCCUGCUUUUAAAAUUUUACAGGCUUUUGUUAACCUUCUUCAACUUCCUUAAAAGGGAAAAAAAUGCAUAUAGUCAGUCUUGACUUGAGGAACAUCUCAGAGGGUGACAGAGAGAGAAGGAAGGCAUAAUAAUUGAUACCUUGUUCCUAGUGGACAGCAAGAAAAUCAUUGGUCCUUCAUGGCUUUUGGCUGCUUUCACAGGAGGGAUUUUGGUGCUGUAAUUGACUGCCUCCCCCACAAAAAUUAAACAGUGUUUGCUUAGUGUCCUUGAAUGUCACAUGCUAUUUGUAUUAACAUCUUGGUGGAGUGGAUUUCCUGGCAAAAGAAUCAUUUCUCAAGUAGAUACUCGAAUCGAUGACAGAACUGAUGCAGACUUCUCCUUGGCUCAUUGGCAACACUUUCUUUCUCCAUGUUACAUUGCCUUUUACUCUAGUUGCUCUCCUACCACCCCAGAAUCUUCUAGCAAGUAAGAAUUUAGUUAAAACCCUGGGAAUUAUUUUCUUAAUGUUUUUCUAUAGAGUGAAGCCUUUGUCUCAAGAUGAUUACCAGGCAAUUUUCCCUUAAAUUAAGAACUGUGAUUUCUGUAUUAUUCUCCAGUUGGCAGAGGAAGACUGCAAAGUCUGUGUUGUGCCAGGCGCACAAUAAAUCUAGUUAUAGCUGCAAACAUAUCUCACAGUUGCUAUUUCAUUUUGUAUUUUCAGAUUUUUUUUAACUGCAGACUUUUUGUUGAAAAUCUUUGGAGCAGGGGGAACAGGCUGUGAAUGAAUUGCCAACAUAAACUGGCUAGGAAAGAAGAAAAAAUCCAACAGUUAUACAUGCACUGAUGGAAGAUGCAUUAUAUCGGUCAGAUUUCUGUGCCACUCCCACAACUCCUUAGUGUUGGAUAAAAUGGCUGAU